AUGGUUAAACAGCAAGUCAUCCACUCUGGUUAUCUACUGUCCCCACUAACGCACCGUCUAGAUGAUAUAAAGUGGACUGCGGAAACUUUGUGGUUUGGUGAAAUCAUCAUUCGGGAUGAGUACAGACGUAAGAUCGGUAAAAAGAAGAUAUACCUAAUGUACAGGCCGGAUCUGGUUCCUGUGAAUCCAUGGAAUCAAAGGGACGCGACCUCGGCCAAAACAAAUCGGAGGCUACCACCGGCUCGUGGUGUCAUAUCUGCUGCGCCCCCGGUACCACCUGGCUUUGUAGCAGUGGUGCCUCGUCCUGCUCUUCCUAACCCACCUGUCCCACCUCCCCCUCCCCCACCUUCUCCUCCGCCCCCACCACCUGCGCGUCCCAUUAAUGGCUAUCCCUUUGACUUUUGGCCCAACCUACCUUGGGAUCCUGAGCCUCAAGAUGAUGAAACUAUAAACGAAUCAAUGGGCUCAAUCGCCAAAGAUAAGGGUAAUCAACUUCUUUGGAGAAACACACGUCCAAUGUUAUGGCCACCUCGGAAUGAAGACAACUGGAGAAACAAAAGAUUCCUAGGCGCUGGGAGUUAUGGAUGUGUUGGGCUACGAUGCCAGCAUGACGAAACGAAUACCAUAAUCAGACAAAUGAUUGUGAAAGAAUGUAGACCAUCAAAACACAUAUGGCGGGAUCCAGUAAGAUGGCGAAAUCAGGUUCCUCAAGAGAUCAACAUGCACCAGCUAGUUGAUCAAAGCCGCACAGCAGCUAGUGGGGGAAUAGACCAUGAUACUCUUGUAGAGCACCAAGGCUACCGCUUAAUGAUGGAGCUGCAACGUUACCGAAUUUUCCUCAACUACUAUGAGGGAAGGGGAGUUUCCACAUUCGUCUUAUCAGAUUUCGGCGGAGUCUUUACAGACCUGGCUGGAACCGAGGAUGUUAAGAGUGACAAUCCAGACGAAUACACCCUUGACGCGGAUAUUGCAUUGCUCCCACCUGAGAUCUACUCUCUUAAGCUAGGACACGGAUACUUCAACUCCUACCUAAAGAGAUUUAAGAAACGAGACUCUAAUCGCUGCACCUGCCAAAACAUCCAAACGCCAGAACACCUACUACUACACUGGGCCGUCGCCCUGGCUACCGCGAAGGGUAUUAAGUCCGAAGAAAAAUGGACUAUCGUCCGGAGAAGCUGGGAGCGUCUCGAAGAUACCUUGGGCGAGUUAUACCCAAUUCCGACGCGCGAGUCGAAGAGAGCAAUGGUUGCUCUAUCCCUUUUCAACCAACCUUUUGACAACGAUUCGAAUACCUACCUACCGACGGUAACCAUCGAUUCUUCCGAAAACAACUCGAAUUGCCUGCCUAUCGAUAGUAACCUUUCGAGACCUUCUUUUUAAACUAGUAGCUACAGUUCGACAGCUACUUUCAAUUCCUUAAACUCGAAAACCUACCGUUUGACGGUGCUCGAAGUUUUUUUACUCUCUCGAACGCUACCCACCUACCCCCACCCGAUUUCUCGAUCGAUUUUUAUCUUCUUUCCAAAGGAUUUCGUUAAAUAAACGCAAAGAAGCAAAGGCUUAUAUAACGAUGGGGGAGAAUAAGGGUGUUAGGGUCUGGAGCCCUGAAUAGGACACAGACAAGGAGGCAGGAGCGGAGGAACGGAGCGGGGACAACAAGAGAGGAGAGCGUACAUAGCUAGAGUACUGGGAGUACUAAGCUAGGGGAGCGCUAGGAUAGAGGAGAGCGUACACAGCUAGAGUACUGGGAGUACCAAGCUGGGGGAGCGCUGGGACAGAGGAGAGCGUACACAGCUAGAGUACUGGGAGUACCAAGCUGAGGGAGCGCUGACUCUCACGUAGGAGUCGAGGGAGAGUCGGUAUGUUGGUGAUAUCGAUUCUACCUUGAUUUUCAAA